CUCAUUGCACGAGAGGCAUAAAAACAUAUGACUCACGUAUAAGUAUAUCUUGUGAAAUAAGAGGUGUAUAGUGCGUUCAGUUAUUCGAGCGAAUUCGAACGGUCGGCGAAGGAAUCAGAGAGAAACACCCGUAAAAAUGGCUGAAUUAAUCGCAAUACCGUUGAAGAAACCGUCGGACGUUGAUGUUGUCAAGCCACUGACAAAUGUCAUCAAGUCAACGUACAAUUCAGACUCCAAUCAAAAGGAUUACGGUGAGGCCAUCAACGAGUUCAGCAAAUUGAGAAACAAUGCGCUGUGGCGAGCUUUCGAGAAGUAUGAAAGCUCUCUGGAGGUUAUUUAUAAUUACUACGAUCAGCUGUGCUCGUUGGAAGGAAAAAUUCCAAUGCAUGAGCUACAAAUUCCAUUCAAGUGGAAAGAUGCGUUUGAUCGUACGAUAUUCGGCGGGAAAUUGAGCUUGACUAUCAGUACACUCUCGUAUGAGAAAAUGUGCGUGCUCUUCAACAUCGCAGCUCUGCAAAGCUCAGUCGCUGCUAGUCAAUCGAUGGAGAGUGACGAGGGCUUGAAAUUAUCCGCUAAAUUAUUUCAACAAGCAGCGGGAAUUUUCAAUUACUUGAAGGGCAACGUUAUGCUGUCAAUCCAGCAGGAGCCGACUCCAGACAUGUCCCCUGACACCCUGAGUGCCUUAUCCGCGUUGAUGCUGGCACAGGCCCAAGAGAUUUUCGUCCACAAAGCGAUUCAUGACUCAAUGAAAGAGGGUGUGAUCGCUAAAUUGGCCUCCCAAGCCGAGGAAAUGUACGCAGACACAGCCAAGCUCUUCCAGAAAGACAUGUUUCGCUCGUUCUGGGACAAGGAUUGGGUGCCCCUGAUAAUAGGAAAACAAUCUGGUUAUCGAGCGAUGGCUGAGCUGUACCAGGCAUCAGUCUGCAAAGCGAAGAAGGCAAUUGGUGAGGAAAUCGCCAGGCUAGAGUACGCGGUAGACCUCUUCACAUCAGCAGCUCAACGUUCGAAUAAGCCAAACCUAUUUGAAGAAUACUCGGGUCGCGCCCAACGUCGUCUUGCAGAAGUGAAGAAGGACAACGAUUUCAUCUACCACGAGCGAGUCCCCAACAUCAAGAACCUCGAGCCCAUUGGCAAAGCGAAUGUCGCCAAACUCCUCCCCUUAAAUCAUCCAAUGGGCUCCAGCUCUAAGGACAUCUUCGAGGAACUUCUCCCUGUUGGUGUUCACCAGGCCAUGUCUUCUUACGAGAUUCGUCGAAACGACCUAGUCAAUUGUGAAAUAUCGAAAUUACGAGAGAUGACACAAGUCUUGAAUACGGUUUUAGCGAGUUUAAAUCUUCCAGCAGCUAUCGAGGACACGAGUGGUACGGAGAUACCUCAAUCCCUCCUAGAGAAAGCGAAUUAUGUCAGAUCAGCUGGGGGUAUCACUGCCCUGGAGUCAGCCAUGAAUGAACUCCCAGAUCUGCUGCAACGAAAUAAAGAUAUCCUGGAUGAAACAGAGAAGAUGUUAACUGAGGAGAGAGAUUCUGAUAAUCAGUUGAGGGAGCAGUUCAAGGAGAGAUGGACGAGAAUUCCCAGUGAUAAACUUACCCAGCAAUUUACUGUCAAUGCACAAAAGUAUCGAGCUAUUAUCGAUAAUGCUGUGGCUGCUGACAGCACUGUUCGUCAGAAAUUUGAGUCACACAGGGAGGGAAUGGAGAUGCUGAGUCUGGAUGAGAGUCAGUUGUCGUCAGCUGUUCCCUCAGGAUCAGCCCUACAGGAUAGCAAUGCCGUCAGUCAGCUGCAGAAGCUCAUGGAGGAGGUGGAAACGCUGAAAGCGGAGAGAGAUGUCAUUGAGAGUGAAUUGAAAUCUGCAACAGCUGACAUGAAAUCUGUCUUCCUGGCUGCUCUAGCCAAGGACGGUGCCAUCGAUGAGCCCAAUCUCUCGGUGGAGAACAUUGGAAAGACCUAUGGAGCUUUCACUAAUCAGAUUAGAGACAGCUCCAGUAGACAGGAGAGUUUAGUCUCUGCUAUACAAUCAGCUCAUGCUGCAUUCACCAGGGAGCAGAGUGGAAGUGGUGGAAACAGGGAGGCAAUGCUCAGGAAAUUGGCGUCGGCGUACGAUGCAUUCAAGGAGUUGAAGAAUAAUUUACACGAGGGAGCGAAAUUCUAUAAUGAUCUUACGCAGCUGCUCGUUGUUUUCCAGAAUAAAAUAUCUGAUUUUUGCUUCGCGAGGAAAACUGAGAAGGAGGAGCUCCUCAAGGAUUUGACGACUAAUCUGAGUCACAGUGGACCUGCUGUGACACCUAGCAUUCCAGCACAUCAUUCCGCACCGGUUGAGCCUAGCUAUGGAGGUGGUUCACAGUUGCCUUAUCCCACUCAGUAUCAGGGAGGCAUGCCUGUGCCUUAUGGACCUACACCUGCUGGACCUUAUCCCGCUUAUGUGCCACCACCGAUGCCUAAUACAUAUAAUCCUUAUGCUACUAUGCCGUAUCCUAAUCAAGCUCCAUAUGGUGGUCCGAGCUACCCUUAUCAGCCUCAGCAACAUCAGCCUGGGUAUAAUCCUGGGUACGCCACGUUUCCACGAUAUCCUGGAGACCAGUCCCGUCCUGGUCAGAAUCCCUGGUGAAUUUCGACGUCACAGAAAGUAAAUAUGACAUAUUAAUGCUCUUGUUAUGUCACAGUAAUUCAGUGGAAACUUGAUGCUUGUUUAUAUUGUUGUCAAUAAACUAUUUACUCAGUUCGUACUAUUAAAGAUAUUUAGAGGUAUUCGUAGUUGUAAUUUUGUAUUAUCCCUGAAAUAAAGUAAUCUAGUAAAUUCCUUCA